AUGGGGAGCGGAGGCGUGAUCCACUGUAGGUGUGCCAAGUGUUUCUGUUAUCCUACAAAGCGGAGAAUAAGAAGGAGACCCCGAAACCUAACAAUCUUGAGUCUCCCUGAAGAUGUGCUCUUUCAUAUCCUGAAAUGGCUUUCUGUUGGAGACAUCCUCGCUGUCCGAGCUGUGCACUCCCACCUGAAGUACCUGGUGGAUAACCAUGCCAGCGUGUGGGCAUGUGCCAGCUUCCAGGAGCUGUGGCCUUCUCCAAAGAACCUGAAGCUCUUUGAAAGGGCUGCCGAAAAAGGGAAUUUUGAAGCUGCUGUGAAGCUGGGCAUAGCCUACCUCUACAAUGAAGGCCUGUCUGUGCCUGAUGAGGCCCGGGCGGAAGUGAAUGGGCUGAAGGCCUCUCGCUUCUUCAGUCUCGCGGAGCGCCUGAAUGUGGGCGCCGCACCCUUCAUCUGGCUCUUCAUCCGCCCACCUUGGUCGGUGUCUGGAAGCUGCUGCAAGGCCGUGGUUCACGAGAGCCUCAGGAUGGAGUGCCAGCUGCAGAAAACUCACAGAGUGUCCAUACUGCACUGCUUGGGGAGAGUGCUGAGUCUUUUUGAGGAUGAAGAGAAACAGAAGCAGGCCCGGGACCUGUUUGAAGAGUCUGCUAACCAGGGGUGUUUGACCAGCUCGUACCUCCUCUGGGAAAGUGACAGAAAGAUGGAUAUGUCAGAUCCCGGACGAUGCCUCCACAGCUUCCGGAAACUCAGGGACUUUGCUGCCAAAGGCUGCUGGGAAGCGCAGCUGUCUCUAGCCAAAGCCUGUGCACACGGAAACCAGCUCGGACUGGAAGCGAAAGCCUCCAACGAGAUAGUCUGCCAGCUGUUCCAGGCCUCCCACGCUGUCAGUAAGCAGAGGGUCUUCUCUGUGCAGAAGGGACUCAAUGACACAAUGAGGUACAUUCUCAUCGAUUGGCUGGUAGAGGUCGCCACCAUGAAGGACUUCUCAAGCCUGUGCCUUCACCUGACCGUGGAGUGCGUGGACCGGUACCUGCGGAGGCGGCUGGUGCCCCGGUACAGGCUCCAGCUGCUGGGCAUCGCCUGCAUGGUCAUCUGCACCCGGUUCAUCAGCAAAGAGAUCCUGACGAUUCGGGAGGCUGUGUGGCUCACAGACAACACGUACAAAUACGAGGACCUGGUGAGGAUGAUGGGAGAGAUCAUCUCUGCCUUGGAAGGAAAGAUUCGAGUCCCCACUGUGGUCGAUUACAAGGACGUCCUGCUGACGCUGGUCCCCAUGGCGCCAAGAACCCAGCACCUGUGCAGCUUCCUCUGCGAGCUCUCCCUGCUGCACACCAGCCUGGCCGCCUACGCCCCGGCCCACCUGGCUGCAGCCGCCCUGCUCCUGGCGAGGCUGACACACGGGCAGACACAGCCCUGGACCACUCGGUUUUGGGACCUCACUGGGUUCUCCUGUGAAGACCUCAUCCCCUGUGUCUUAAGCCUUCACCAAAAGUGCUUCCACGACGAUGCCCCCAAGGACUACAGGCAGGUCUCUCUCACCGCCGUGAAGCAGCGAUUUGAGGACAAGCGAUACGAAGAGAUCAGCCAGGAAGAGGUGCUGAGCUACGGCCAGUUGUGUGCAGCUCUAGGGGUGAAACAAGAGAGCCCAGAACCCGCGUCUUUCCUCAGCACAGGGGACAUUCACACCUUCCUCAGCUCUCCCUCUGGAAGGAGAACCAAGCGGAAACGGGAGAACAGCCUCCAGGAGGACAGGGGCAGCUUCGUCACCACGCCGACCGCAGAGCUGUCCAGCCAGGAGGAGACACUGCUGGGCAGCUUCCUGGACUGGAGCCUGGACUACUGCUCCGGCUACGAGGGCGACCAAGAGAGCGAGGGCGAGAAGGAGGGUGAUGUGACGGCUCCCAGCGGUGUCCUCGAUGUCACUGUGGUCUACCUGAACCCGGAACAGCACUGCUGCCAGGAAUCAAGCGAUGAGGAGGCCUGCCCGGAGGAGGAGGGGCGUCAGGACACACAGGCGUCGGCACCGGGCAGCCAGACACCUUGGACCCCAGGGCUCGAGCGCCCUCUGUGCAGCAGGAGGGGGCCAGGCAAGGACAUCACGACCUCAGGGUACUCCUCUGUCAGCAGCACGAGUCCCACAAACUCCGCAGACGGCUUGGGGGGCCUUGCCCGAUCUACCUCAGUACUGUCCCCGGGCAGCGACUUGAACACACAGCCUUGCCACCAUCACGCGAGGAAGUCGUGUGUACAGUGUCGUCCCCCAAGCCCCCCGGAGAGCUGUGCUCCCCAGCAACAGGUGAAGAGGAAAAACCUGUCCGCCCACAAUGAGGAGGAGGAGGACAUGAACUUGGGCUUUUUGAAGCUGUGA